CCUUCCUUUCCCCUCCACCUCUCUCUUCUUCCCGUCCAUCGCUCUUCGCGUCCCACCUCUCCCUCGUCCUCCACUCUCGUCGCUCCGCGCACCUCUACGUCCAACAAGAUGCUCGCUACACUCAUUUCUGCCACGCUCCUUUCUGCAUUCACAAUCCGAGGCGCACUUGCCGAGUUCUCUAUCGCUACAAUUGAGCUCACCCAAUGUGCUUCUGCCCACAUCACUUGGACUGAGGCAACUGCCCCGUACAACAUGGCCGUCGUUCCCGCUGAUGACCCCUGCGACAAGGUCCUUGUCGAUCUCGGUGACCAUAAGGGACUGUCCAUGACAUGGAAUAACGUCACCGUUCCCGCUGGUACUAAAGUCAUGUUUUCGCUCCUGGACUCGUCAGACGAGGAAGCGUGGUCCGGAACGAUCACCGUCAAGGAUGGCGAUGAUUCUUGCCUGCCCAGUUCUUCCUCAUCGAAGAACUCCACCGACUCUUCUGGUUCUGGAUCCGCUACGACUCUUACUCUCACGUCCUCGUACAAGACUGCUUCUGCAGCUUCUAGUUCCGAGACUGCAACCGCCGUCGGUGCAGCAAACGCGGGAACACUCGGUAACGCCUCUGGCGCAAUGUCGAAUGUACACCUCCCAGCGGCCGCAACAAUUUUCGCAUCCCUCGCGGCUGUUGCUGCUGCCCUGGCUCUCUAAAGUCCCCAGACUCUAUACCCCGACGCGCAUGCUAGUCGCUAAACGAGCGCUAGCCGCUCUGUCGUCCAUUCUUUUUUCUGUAUAUCUCUUGCAUCCAUCUAACUUCUCAAUUGUUUUUUUGAUACCUGGGAUCUCUUGCUUUUUGCUUGAUGCAUUCUUUUCAAGCCUGGUUGAUUAUCGGCGAUGCGUUAGGCUGCGUGCGGUUUGCGUCGUGUCGCGUCGACCAGCUUGAUGGCAGAGGUUUCAUCACAAUUUUACCAGACUCUAACUUUCCACAAUGUUUUUUUUCCUCUACUCGGGCUUUAUUAUUUUUAUAUCACUAUCGUUCAGGAAACGCGAAUUGGAGUUGUGUUGUUGGUGUUGGUGUUGUGCUGCGUAUUUACAUAUAUACAACGUUUUCUCUCCGAGAUGUUCUAUCAUACCAUACUUGCCAUGUCACCGCUUCGCUUUUCAUUAGCACUAGUAGUAUUUCUAGUUUACUCUAGUCUAGUCUGGUGCUAUUUUGACUUAGCGGAGCCACGACGGUUUUUCACGAGUAUCGUUAUCUCAUUCUCAGUCUCUCCCGCCAUUUCUUUGUUUUACUUGGUACAGACAGGUUUGGAGUUUGGGAAGUUUUGAAUUUGUUGUAUUUUGAGUAGGCGCAAAUGGUUGGUUUUGUUGAAAUUGAAUUGAAUUUCUUAUUCAAUUUGCG